AUGAUUCCUCUGAGACUCUUGUCACGCCCAGUGACCGCUGUCUCAGCUGCUCCACGGUCUCUUCCCCGUCUGGUCCGAUUUCAGUCCACAUCGAGCAGCUAUGACAACAUUAUUGUAUCAUCUCCCCGGCCUGGCGUUGGUCUAAUCACGCUGAACCGACCGAGGGCUCUCAACGCUCUCUCAAGUGCGCUGUUCGUCGAGCUCAACGACGCACUGAAGAAGUAUGAAGAGGACAAUGAUAUUGGUGCUAUCGUCCUCACGGGGAAUGACAAGGCUUUCGCAGCCGGCGCGGACAUCAAGGAAAUGGCUCCCUUGACCUUUUCCGAAGCAUAUGUUAACAAUUUCAUUGCGCCCUGGUCCUACUUGACAAGCCUCCGCAAGCCCAUCAUUUCAGCUGUGUCGGGCCACGCUCUUGGUGGAGGCUGCGAGUUGGCCAUGAUGUGCGACAUACUAUACUGUACGAAGACGGCCAACUUCGGUCAACCUGAGAUCAAACUGGGCACCAUCCCUGGCGCAGGUGGCUCACAACGCCUGACAGCUGCCUUUGGCAAGAGCAAGGCCAUGGAGAUCAUUCUCACGGGCAACAACUUCAGCGGCGAAGAUGCAGAGAAGUACGGCCUAGCUGCCAAAGCCUUCGACGGCGGUCAUAAGGAAGUCCUUGAGGGCGCUCUAGAUACGGCCGAGAAGAUCGCAAGCUACAGCCGUGUAGCUGUUAUCGCAGGAAAGGAGGUUGUCAACAAGAGUCAGGAUCUCGGAAUCAGAGAGGGCGUCGAGUACGAAAGGCGCAUCUUCCACAGCCUAUUCGGUAGUCAAGACCAGAAAAUCGGCAUGAAAGCGUUUGCCGAUAAGAAGAAGCCUGAGUGGACCAAUUCUUGA